UUGGCAAGGUUUGUUUUUCUCAGCCCGCAGCAGCCUCUCCCAAUAUUUUCCUCUCCCUUGUCACAAUGCUGGGCUGCAAGGGGGGAGACCAUCGGCAUGCGCGGACAUGGGCAUGCACACAAACAUACACAUGCACGGGUUGGAGAGGUGAGCUGAGAAUCACGCAGAGGUCCAUCAGGCACAGAGGCAACAACAGGGGAAGGGGAUCCAAAUGGGAAGCCUCUGACGAUUUAAAAAAAACCAACAACCUGCAGAGCUUCCCUUUUAGUCCACCCUCCCCUGCCUCCAAGCCUGAUGCUGAAAGGGCAGUUUUGCUUCCACACACCCCCACCCCCGCAAUGCCAGAAGCUGCAUGCCACCACCAUUCGCCUUCUACAUCCCCCCCAGGGUCCAUGCGAUCUCCUAGUGCCCAUGGCGUGCUGGCAGGCAGAAGCCCCCUGUGUCGUGUCCCACUCCUCCGCUGACGGCCGGGUCAGGGAAAUCCGAAUCAGGCUUGCCUCUGCAGCUCUGCCAAAGUCCUAGCAAAGUCCUCAAGGCAGGCAGGAGAUCAGAAAGUGACUUCAGCAAGAUAUGUUCGACUUUGCCUGACUCAGAGAAUGCCAGAAAGCAGAUCCUUUAUAUAGGCCAUGGGGUGUGGCUCCAUGACUCAGCACUUAUCCAGGCCUGCCCCUCCCUUCCUUCUGACGCCGCCGCCUAUCAAUUCUUCUGAAGUGAGGGUCACUCCAGUCGGCAGCUGUUGGUAAUUGACCUCCCUCAGGCUCACAUGCUGUGGGGGAGGGGGAGGGGUCUAGUUGCUCCGUUUGCCUGGGCAUGGAGCCAGGGCUGGGGCCGGGAGGUGCUUCCUCCUCCUCAGCCUGUCUGGGCAUGGAGCCAGGGCUGGGGCCAGGAGGCGUACUAGGACAUUCCUCAGCGUUCGGAAGCAGAUAAGAAGGCCCUGGCUGUGGUGAGAGCGGGCAAGACACAACACCCUGGAUCCCAUGCUCUCUUCUUCCUACCUCUUCCUUCCUCCAUGCACAGGCAUUAAUGGGCAAGAGAAUAAGAAUUGCAAGGAGGAACACCAAGUGAUCCAUUCGAAAGAGGGGAAAGGGAAAUUUGUAGAUCGCAUGCAACCAAAAAGAGAAGAAACAAAGCAAUCACAAAGUGGAAUUAAAAAAUGUCUUCCCCUGGUCAGUUGGCUUCCCAACCAUACAGUGAUCGAUACAGGAGAAAGACCAUAUAAAUCCAUGGAGUGUGGAAAGACGUUUAAUAAAUCCAAUCAUCUCUUUUCUCAUAAAAAGACACAUUCAGAAGAGAAACGAUUUACCUGCAUGGAGUGUGGAAAGACCUUCUCUGAUAAUUACUCUCUUAUAAUUCAUCAAAGGAAUCACACAGGAGAACGACCUUAUAAAUGCAUGGAGUGUGAAAAGACCUUUACUUGUAGCAGUCAUCUUAAUUCCCACAAGAUGAUCCACACAGGAGAGAAACCAUAUCAAUGCAUGGAGUGUGGAAAGAGUUUUAGAUGUAGGAGUACACUUAAUCGCCACAAGAGGAUCCACACAGGAGAAAGACCUUAUAAAUGCAUGGAAUGCGGAAAGACCUUUCCUUAUAGCAGUCAUCUUAAUGCCCACAAGAGCAACCACACAGGAGAGAAGCCAUAUAAAUGUGUGGAAUGUGGAAAGGGCUUUGUAUGGAAUUCUUCUCUUAUCUCCCAUAUAAGGAUCCACACAGGAGAGAAGCCAUAUCAAUGCAUGGAGUGUGGAAAAUGUUUUACUCGUAGUAAUGGUCUUAAUUUCCACAAGAGGAUCCAUACAGAAGAGAAGUCAUAUAAAUGUUUGCAGUGUGGAGAGGACUUUAGAAAGAUUUGUGAUCUCACUUCCCAUAAAAGGAUCCAUAUGGGAGAAAAAAAACAUAUGAAUUCAUGGAGUGAGAAAUGAGCUUUGCAAGGAGUAAUGUUUUUACUCGCCAUAGAGGCAUCCACACAUGGGAGAAACCAUAGCAAUAGAAGAAGUGUGGGAAAACCUUCAAUAGAAAUCCAGAUAGUCCUCGGCGUUUGACUGCAAUUGAGCCCAAAAUUUAUGUUGCUCAGUGAAACAGUUAUUAAAUGUGUUUUGUGAUUCUACUUUUUCCAUCCCUGCUUGUCUGAGGAAGACUCGAGUGAGAGGUCGGAUUUCUGCAUCCAGAUUGUUGGCUGUUGUUUGCAAAGUCUUGCAGUUUGUGAGAACUAAAUUCUGUUCCUUUAGCAGCUAAGAUUUGUUUUCAUACAUAGUGCUUACUUACUGAGCCUCAUGAGUUCGAUCCGAUCCCACUACUGCCACUAAUUUGUGAUGGGUUCUUUUUAAAGCAGGGUCCCCAACAUGCGGGCCAUCACCUGUUCGGAAUUGGGCUGCGCAAGUAGUGGGUGAGUGUGCAUAUGCGUAGGUCCACUUGUGCACAUGACAGGCUCACACGGAAAGCUCUGUUUGGUGUGAGAGGCGGAUGUCUGAGCCAGCUGCUUCCACAAAUGGAGCUGCGCACGCACGAGUGUUCCUGCUGUUUGUAGAGAAUCAUCCUCUACACCCCUCCUCCCGUCGCUGGGCUACCAAGCCAGAAAGUUUGGGUACUGCUGUUUUAAUCAUAACCAAUUUGAUUGAACUCAGUCCAAACAGUCAUCAAAAGUACUGGAUUCUAGACAGUUUAAGUUUUCUGUCUCCCCAUAAGGGUUGUAGGGAUAUUUUAUUUUGAAAAAAAUAUGUGAGGUACAAAAGAGAAACGUACAAUGUGCAAGUUCUUUAUUUGUUUUCUUUUGUUUCUUAUUUUGAGUAUAUUUAUAUUAUACAACAGGGGUCUCCAACCUUGGCAACUUUAAGACUUGUGGACUUCAACUCCCAGAAUCCUUUGCUGGCUGAGGAAUUCUGGGAGUUGAAGUCCACAAGUCUUAAAGUUGCCAAGGUUGGAGACCCCUGUUACACAACAAUGUUCCCCAUCCUUUCCGGCUUGGUGGCCCGGUGGGGUGGGGGAAGAGGGGAUGGCUUUGUGUGAGCGGCACGUGCGCACAUUGUGUGUAGCUCCACUUGCAUUAAGUGGCGGGUGCAUAAAUUGAGCAACGUAUGCACACGCUCAUCCACCUCUCAUGCAAAUGGAAUUAUAUGAUACUGUUAUUAUGCUAUAUAGUGAUGUCCAUCUAUACUCUUGGUCCCUAAGUCCCAGGUCUCAGUCCAUUCAGAACUGGGCCGCCCAGGUAGCGGAUGUGCAGCUCCACUUGCAUGGCUGCAGACAAGUUCAUGUGAGUGUGAAAAUCUCAGCUUUUUUAAAAGACAAUACGCAGGAAAGAUAUUUAAUUGAAUGGAAAAAAUGGAUUGGUUAUAUACAAAACAGAUAUCAGAUUAAGAAAUAUCAGAUUGCCUUUGAAUAAUUAGAAAGUUAUUUUAUUUAAUGGGGAGGGGGUUGGGAGAUGAAAAGCUUUGGAUGAGGUUAAUUGGAUUGGAAGGGAAAAUUUUAUUCUAUGUUUGGUUUAUGUA